UCAAAAGGACAGGAAGAAAGCCCAUGUACAACCCAUCCAGCCGGAGGCGAUCGCGUCUGGUGUAAUUCCUUAGAGGCUUCCGCGCAGGGCACACAAAGACGACGGCAGCUGGGAGGGACGCUACGCCGCGUUCGAGGAGUGACAGGUCAUGGACGGCGCUCCUGCGGUGGCCGCAUCCGAUUGAAGAAGUUGACUUGCCAUGAACGCAGAGCACGCCUUCGAGAUGAAGCACGUGCAAUAGCUAGCAUGCCAUCUUCUUUUCCUUCUUCGAUGGUACGUAGAAGUUCUUUUUCUUAUCAGGUUUCAUGGCAGCAAGAACACGAGGGGAACCAAGUCGGAGGAAGACGCGCCCCUUUGCGGCAGCAUCGAGAAGGUCACCAGAAGAACCCACCAGCCGCCACAGCAAGAACACGAAGGGAGACUGCCCGUGGCGGCGUCGCCGGCGGCGGCGGCGAUGACGCGCCUUGCAGAGGAAACCAGAGGAGCGCGGUGGCGCCCUCGCACACACGCUCAUGGACGACGAGGAUGCAUAUGCAUGUUAAGCUCGCUGGAUACACCGGCGACGAUGACACAUAGAGCUCUUCAGGACAUCCAUAUACAUAUAUUCAUCGUUAUGCAUGGUGGGUUUAUGGUACUUACGUAUAUGUUUUUCUCUGAUGUAUCAGAUGCAAUGGGGCAGCGCCACGCACCAAGCAGGUAGGCAAGAGCCAGGCACGCACACCCUAGGCCAAGACCAAAACCUACGCUGAGAAGAAGACGCGCCCGUGGGCGGCAGCGUCGACGAGUGGGGAAGCCAACAGCAGUUUCCUCGGAGGAAGGUCGCGUGAACGGGAUACCGAGGCAGAGGGAAGGACGCGCCUCUGGGGGCGGCGUGCUCAUCGGUCGACACACACGUCACGUCUGUCCGGCGCCGGCAUCGACGCAAGAGGACGAGCAACAGCAAGCAGAACACGCUGGUGGCGACUCGGACAUGGCGGAGCAUGUGUGCGGUAAUGCCGAGCAUGCAUCACCAGCAUCGUGAGAUUGAGCGUGUGUCAAGGAUGCAACAUGGAGUUCCAUCUCUCAGGUUAGCAUAAUACUAAGUACAUAGAUCUAUUUCUAUUGUGUACCAGGUGAGGAAACACAUGCACAUGCAUGCACGUACAAGACUCCUCGAGCAGUACCUGGAUGAGUUGCCGCAUCUCCUCCUGCGUGCCUCGUAUGGGCAGCACGCCCAGGAGUGAGGCACAAGACAGGCUGUCGCGGCAGCGCUGAGAACACACCGAAAAGGUCGCGCCGACAGCGGCGGCACGCUCACCGGGCAACAUGCAUACGGCCUAGCGCUGUCCGUGGCGGCAGUGCAUACGUACAUCUAUAUAUCUGUUGUGUAUCCAGGAGACCAGGAGGAGAAGAAAACACGCUUGAGGUGGCAGCAUCGAGAAACAACGAAGUCCCACAGGAGACAGAGGAGAGAAUGGACACGGCAGGCAACCCACGCAGCCAACGUACAAGACGCACGCAGCAACACAUCUCGCUGAGGCAAGAUACGCACCUUGGCGGUAGCGUAGAGGAGAAGAAGACGCACCGAGCAGCGACGUGGCAGCCGUGAUGUAUAGAUGAGAAGGACCUGCUCCAAGCGGAAAACCGAGCAUUGAGGGCGCAUGCACCAUCUGCAAUGGCGCCGAGCAGUUGAGGCGGCGAACUACGCGCCCAACGGAGCUGGCCGCGGACCAAGGAGCGCUCUUCUCGUACAAGGUUCUGUUGAGGCGGUGGACAACGCGUCCACACGAACCAUGCAGCGCUCUUCUCAUACCCGAUGCCAUGGAGGCGGCGGACGACGCACUCAACGGAGGUGACUGUAAAUGAUGCGGCGCUCUUCUCGUAGCAGCAGUUGAGGUGGUGGACGACGCGCCCAGUGGAGGUGGUCGCGGACGAAGUGACGCUCUUCCCGUACAAGGUUUUGACGAGGCGGUCGACAACGCACCCAAUGAAGGUGUCUGUGGGCGAUGCAACGCUCUUCUCGUACCUAGUGCAAUGGAGCUGGUGGAUGGACGGAGCUUGCUAGGACGAUGCCCGUCUUCUUCUUCAUCAAGUCGGUGCCAUGGAGGACAAAGGCAUGGAGGUUCGCGAGGAUGCCGCCGUCUACAUUUUUUUUUCCCGGCGCAUGAGACAAAUCCACACUCCUUAUCUUCCCUUCUCACUGGAGUGAAAAAAAGACUUUUCUCGUGUCAAACAUGGGCUUGUGAGGCCGGGGCCUCCCCCGCUGCAACUGCUUUGGUGCACCUGUCCUCCGAUGAUCAAUCCUCUGAGGCCACCAAGGAUGGGGCUGUGGAAGAAUCCUCUGCCCCGCGGCAGAGGGAGCUCCUCCGCGACUUUCCUGACGAUGAUGCUAACGAGCCUCCGGUGGUGGAGGUGCCACGCCCUGCUGGAGUCACCACGAGAUCUCGGGUGUCCUCUUUGAAGCAGCCCAAGCGGGCGGCCACAAAGAAGGGCAGGACCGCGUUGAUUCCUUCGGGCAGUGCUCCGCCUUCACCGACAACAUUCCGGGCGGCACCAACCGCAAGUUCUCCCGCUCUCAAGAGCUCAGCACUAGCUGCUCCGCCCCAACGCCUGCUCCUGAGCAUGAAGAGGAGCUAUACCUUCGCUGGCCAGCAGCAGCCGUUGAAGAAGCAGAAGGAGGGCACGGAGGUUGCCGUGGCCACAGGCACUGAAGUGGCCGCCGCGACCCUGGCAAAGGAGAAUGCCACGGCCCCCGCAGCUCUGGUGAUGAUGUCAUCUCCUGCGGCCAUGGAAGCCCAUCCUCAGGAGGUGCCGGCGCCUUUGGCAGGCCUGACCCCUCCGGCGCCCGGCCUUGCUGCGGCCACUGAAGUCGCCCAGCCUCCAGAGCCCCCGGUUCUUCCUGAGGCUGAGGUUUCUUCUGUCCUGGCGGCGAGAGUGUCUCCUCCCCUGCCCAGCGUGUUGGCGAGCCGUGGCGCUCCUGCUACCUCUGGGGCCCUGGAGGAGGCAAGGGCGGUGCUGGACCUCCUCCAGGGUGAACUUCGGGGCCCGGAUCAGCGCUCAGCGCAGGGACGCCUGGGGCUAGUUUCUGGUUGGUUCCAGGCCGACGCGUUUGUCCGUGCGGCCUUGGGCUCUGCGGAGGAAGCCCAGAAGGUGCUCGGGGUGACCGCCACGAAGCGCGACCUGGCACGGAAGGAGGCCACAGAAGCUAGGGUCGGUGCCGCAUGGUGGAGACUGAACUAAAGACUCUUCAGGAUCAGCAGGCCACCCAGGCCAGCCAGCUCCAGGAGCGUGAGGAGAAGCUGAAGGCCCAGGAGGCUGCCGUCGCUGAUCGAGACGCCGAAGUGAAGAAGGCGGCCUUGGAGCAGGCUGCGGAGCGCGACCGCCUGACGAAGCUGAAGGGGGAGGUGGAGACAGCCCAAGCGGCCUUUGCCAAGGCCAAGAAGGUGUCCGCCAUGGAGCGCAGCACCCUUGCUCCUUCGAGGCGCGUUUCUACAAGGCUCAAAAGACGCUCUUUGGGGAUGAUUCCUCAAAGAAGGCGUGGUGACGACCCUGAGGGAAAGCCCUGCUGCUCUGCUCCCUGAAGUCUUGGCGGUGCUUGAAGAUGUUGUCGACGGGUUUGACUCCUUGGUGGAAAGCGAGGCGCGCUCACUUUCUUCUUCGGCUCUGAAGUGCGUCUUUAGCCAUCUCUAUCUUCAGGACGCCGGCUUCGACCUCUCCUCCUUCCUUACCAUGGUGGACUCUGACUCUCAGGACCUUGCUGCUGCCGCCAUGAAGAGCUCUGUGGAUGCCAUGCUGAGCAGUUUCCUGGUCGUCGGUCCUCCGACCGAGGUUUAUGGAACGAGCAACGCGCCUGGCGAGGGGGCUCUGCUGGUGGGCGACGGUGGCGCCCAGGUCUGAAGAGGCUGCUUGGCGACUCUGCUUUUCCUUGUUCGUCCUAUAUCAUGUAGCGUGC